AUGGCCACUGAAGUUAGCAAGGCAACCUCUACCUGCUGCGGCAAGGCUUCCGGCGGCGAGUGCGUCUGCGCCCAGCAAGCCAAGUGCUCCUGCGGCAAGCAGUCGGCGCUUCACUGCACCUGCGAGAAGUCGGCCACCGAGAACACCGUCUCUGGUGCCCGCUGCUCGUGCCGUGCCCGCCCUGCCGGCCAGUGCAACUGCGAGAACGCAUCCAAGGAGAACAGCACCCCGACCGGCAACACCUGCUCAUGCGGUGCCCGUCCGGCUGAUGCUUGCACCUGCGAGAAGGCCGCGGGUGCGGGUGCCUCGAAUCCCAAUGAGAUCGACUUCACCACCAAGAAAUAG